CAAGCAUCAAGUUUCCGCGGCAAUCCGACAAAACACAACCCAAAAAACCUCCAAUUACCAUGAGCGCAGGCUAUUCGACGGUCUCGCAAGCUCUCAGGGUCGCCUCUAGAGCAGCAUGGCGACGACCGCAGCGAUCGCUGUUCCAAAAAUGCCCGGAAUGUAGACAUAUAUCACGAACUGCGAUCCGCAGGAGGCAACCCGCGGAGGACCCAAACUUUUUGUCCAUCUUGGAUAACCCCCCGAACAUUGUGAGGUCAGGGGGGAAGAAGCAUGGGCCGGGGCUUAUAGUACUUGCUUUGAUCCCAAUAAUAGCAUUCGGACUGGGAACAUGGCAGGUCCAGCGAUUGGGCUGGAAAUCCGAGCUGAUGGCAAGAUUCGAAGAUCGACUUGUUCGCGAUCCGCUGCCGUUACCACCGCAUAUUGAUCCAAGUGCCAUCAAGGACUUCGAUUACCGACGAGUCUACGCUACGGGCCACUUCCGCCACGACCAGGAGAUGCUUAUAGGGCCGCGCUUGAACGAGGGGAAGGAUGGUUAUCUCGUCAUCACACCGCUUGAGCGUGAGGGAGAUGGGACUACGGUGUUGGUGAAUAGGGGAUGGAUAGCAAAGAAGUUCAAGGAUCCGAAAACCCGCGCCGACGGUCUACCGAUUGGCGAAAUCACAGUGGAGGGAUUGUUACGAGAGCCUUGGAAGAAGAACAUGUUCACGCCGGAUAACAGCCCAGAGAAGAAUGAGUUCUAUUUCCCGGAUGUUGCGCAGAUGGCAGCGUUGACGGGGAGUCAGGCUGUGUGGGUAGAGGAGACAAUGGCACCAAAUCUCAUGACUUCUUGGGACAGAGAGGCUCGUGGUAUUCCCAUUGGCAGAGCACCUGAGGUCAAUUUGAGGAAUAAUCAUGCUCAGUAUAUAUUUACAUGGUAUGCGCUUGCCGCUGCAACAUCGAUAAUGCUCUGGAUGGUCAUCAAGAAGCCUCCGACCGAUGUUGCUCGUAAAGUGAGGCAGAAUAAAGACUGGUCGUAAAGGCAUUCACUGGCCGUUGUAUGUCAUAAGAAUUGUCAUCAAUUGGCGUUUCUAUUCCUCCUCUGUACUUUUAAGCUUUUUACCCCCUCUCAGCUUGGUUGGAGGCACCAUCCGGAAAUCUUGGAGAAGUUCUCGCGGCAAAUGCUUCUGCGCAAGCGCAAAUGGGGUGGUGAUAGCAUUUGUCUGGCGCUGUCUGUAGGAUAUAAUUAGCUUUGAUCCCAAAUGGUCAUCAUCUGGG